AGGGCUCAGCUGAUGUCAUUGAGUGCAGCAGGCUGAGCCUGAAAGAGGCCCUUUGUUGGCAGCUGUAGCACGAGUAGUCCCUGUGCCUCAGACACACACACUCACACAGGGGACAGGACAGAGGAAUGGCACCACUCAGACUGCCCUACUGCCCACUCAUCUGACACAUCUACAGGUCUAGCAAGCUUUUGGACCAAAUCUGCGCUUUUGGAUAGUUGUUGUAUCUCACAAAAAGUGGAGCUAACCAAAAGCAAAAAAGCAAAAGAGGGAAAAAAACAUGGAGACGCUCAGAAGAGAAAGUUGAUAGACUUUGCCGGACAGCAGACUCUGCCUUUCUGUUUCGGAAAGGAGUGAGGGGAAAGAGGAUUUACACCAGCGAAAACGACCAAGGAAAAGAAAACCAGUAUAUUUUAUCACCUAUUUUGGCUUCUCCUUUUGUCAGUUUUUUUCCUGUGUUUGAACUUUUCUCCUGUUGGACACAUGUAGAGGGGAAACGUUCAAGAGACGCCUGAUUUAAACAAGCAACAACAUUUUCAAGCGGGAAGGGAAAGAAAGCAAAUGAAAAUGUUGGAGAUAUGCCUGAAAUUGGUGGGGUGUAAAUCUAAGAAAGGCCUCUCGUCCUCCUCCAGCUGUUACUUGGAAGAAGCUCUCCAGAGACCAGACUUUGAGAGUCAGGGUCUGACAGAAGCCGCCCGCUGGAACUCCAAAGAGAACCUGUUGGCCGGACCCAGCGAGAAUGACCCCAACCUGUUUGUCGCACUAUAUGACUUCGUGGCCAGUGGUGACAACACACUCAGCAUUACUAAGGGAGAGAAGCUGCGAGUGCUGGGUUACAACCACAACGGCGAGUGGUGUGAGGCACAGACCAAGAAUGGCCAGGGUUGGGUGCCGUCCAACUACAUCACCCCAGUCAACAGCCUGGAGAAGCACAGCUGGUACCAUGGACCUGUGUCACGCAACGCUGCAGAGUACCUGCUCAGCUCGGGCAUCAACGGAAGCUUCCUGGUGCGCGAGAGUGAGAGUAGCCCCGGCCAGAGGUCCAUUUCUCUGCGGUACGAGGGGAGAGUCUACCAUUACAGGAUUAACACUGCAUCUGACGGCAAGAAUCUCUUUCUCCUCCAGCUGUACGUCUCGUCGGAAAGCCGUUUCAACACACUGGCGGAGCUGGUGCACCACCACUCCACGGUGGCCGACGGCCUCAUCACCACGCUGCACUACCCGGCGCCGAAACGCAACAAGCCCACCAUCUACGGAGUUUCUCCCAACUAUGACAAGUGGGAGAUGGAGCGCACUGACAUAACCAUGAAACACAAGCUGGGAGGGGGCCAAUACGGGGAAGUGUACGAGGGUGUUUGGAAGAAGUACAACCUCACUGUGGCUGUCAAGACACUAAAGGAGGAUACGAUGGAGGUGGAAGAGUUUCUCAAGGAGGCCGCUGUGAUGAAAGAAAUCAAACACCCCAACCUGGUACAACUGUUAGGAGUGUGCACACGGGAGCCACCAUUCUACAUUAUCACAGAGUUCAUGACCCAUGGUAACCUGCUCGACUACCUGAGGGAGUGCAACAGAGAGGAGGUUAAUGCAGUGGUGCUGCUCCACAUGGCCACACAGAUCUCCUCUGCCAUGGAGUACCUGGAGAAAAAAAACUUUAUACACAGGGACUUAGCUGCACGUAACUGUCUGGUCGGGGAGAACCACCUGGUAAAGGUUGCAGAUUUCGGCCUGAGCAGGCUAAUGACUGGAGACACCUACACAGCUCACGCUGGGGCCAAGUUCCCCAUCAAGUGGACCGCUCCAGAGAGUCUGGCCUACAACAAGUUCUCUAUUAAGUCUGAUGUCUGGGCAUUUGGUGUGCUGCUGUGGGAGAUCGCUACCUACGGCAUGUCUCCUUACCCCGGCAUCGACCUGUCCCAAGUGUACGAGCUGCUGGAGAAAGACUAUCGUAUGGACCGACCGGAGGGCUGCCCCGAGAAGGUCUAUGAGCUCAUGAGGGACUGUUGGAGGUGGAACCCCUCAGAGCGUCCAUCUUUUGCUGAAACACACCAAGCCUUUGAGACCAUGUUCCAGGAGUCCAGCAUCUCUGAUGAGGUGGAAAAGGAGCUGGGCAAGAAAGAGAAGAAGACAACAUUAGGCCCCAUCCAGCAGGCUCCAGAGCUGCCCACCAAGACCAGAACUCUCCGCAAAAACAUGGACAACCGGGAUGGAGAUAGUCCAGACCCAUUGGAGCCAGAGGCAGCGGUGUCAUCACCCAUGCUUCCCAGGAAAGAGCGCCCCCUCCUGGACAGUAACCUGAAUGAGGAUGACCGCUUGCUGCCCAAAGACAAGGACAAGACACGUGGCGGUGGCUUACUCAGUCUCAUAAAGACAAAGAAAAAGAAAAAGUAUGCACCCGCUCCGCCCAAACGCAGCUCCUCUUUCAGAGAGAUGGACAUCCACCCUGACAGGAGGGGCGUGACUCCAGAUCCACGAGACAGUGACAGCUUCAACAACGGUGCAUCUUUGGCCAUCAAUGACAUCACACAUGGCCUCGACUCUGCAAAAUUCCUAGGGAACAAUAAUGGGGCAGGGGGCAUCACCAACGGGGCUCCUACCUAUCCAGGACCUUUGUUUCCCAGGAAGAAGGGAGCUCCUGCGGUGCCUGGCCCCGGAGGAAAAGCAGCUACGACACCGCCCAGUGAGGAGGAAUCCAUGUCUAACUCAAAGCGGUUUCUCUGGUCCUCCAGCAUGCCCACUGGCUCAGAUGGCACUGAAUGGAAGUCUGUCACACUGCCGCGAGACCUCGGCCAACGCCACUUUGACUCAGGCACCUUCGGGGGCAAGCCAGCUCUGCCACGCAAGAGAACCAGUGAGCAAAAAGGCGAGAACGCCCCUCGAAUGGGCACCCUCACUCCCCCGCCACGUCUGAAUAUCUCAUCAGAUGUUUCCUCCACCUUCUCCAAAGACAGUGAUCCCAGUCCUGGUUCCAGUCCCCAGGCAUUAACACCUAAGGUGGUCCGGAGACCAGGGUUGCCGGGACUGGAGAACUCCAAGACCAGCGCUCUCCACGCUGAGCUUCUCAAGCCCAAUGUGUUCCCUGCUUUAGGCGCAGCUGGAGAUGAGUGCAGGGCCCGCAGAAACAAACAUAGUGUGGACUCUUCAUCUGUCAGGGAAAGAGGAAGGUUACAGAAACCCAAGCCAGCCCCACCUCCACCACCCACAAAUGCCAAAACAGGCAAGAGUUCCCGCAGCCCCACUCAAGAACUCCCCUCGACCUCAUCCACCACCUCAGACAUCAAAGCUAAGGGUCUCCCCUCUGUCUCAGAACCCCACCAUACAACCACUGCCAGUGACCAAGCCCGCUCAUCCGUCAGUGAGGGCUCCAAGAAGCUGCCCCUGGGCUCCACCUCCAAACCUCAACCGUUAAAGACCUCUGCUUCCUCUUCUUCAGUGACCAGCUCCCUCUCCAGCCAGAGCCUGGGAGGUUUCUCUUCCUCCCUCACCUGCCCCGGCGAUCUGAGCUCACCCACUGCUUUCAUCCCCCUAGUGAACACCCGACGCUCCCUCCGCAAGACCGCACCCCGCCAGGCUGCUGAGCGCACCCCUAACUCAGCUGUGACGCGUGAGAUGGUGCUAGAAGGCACCGAGCUGCUCCGCGCAGCCAUCUCCCGCAACUCUGAGCAGACGGGUAGCCACAGCGCUGUGCUGGAGGCUGGAAAGAACCUGUCGAAGUACUGCGUGAGCUACGUUGACUCCAUACAGCAGAUGAGGAACAAGUUUGCCUUCCGCGAGGCCAUAAACAAGCUUGAGAGCAGCCUGCGUGAGCUGCAAAUCUGCCCUACUGCCACAGGGGGCGCCAACGCACAGCAGGACUUCAGCAAGCUGCUGUCCUCUGUCAAAGAGAUCAGUGACAUUGUUCAGAGGUAGCGCCAUAAAAUCUCAACCUACCAAGAAAUAAAACUGAUAUGAACUGUAUCUUACACUACCCUUUUUUUCUGAGCAUGCGCAUGAACUGCGGUCCGUGCCGAGCUCGUGUUGGAAAUGUGAGGGUAAAGCCUGCGGGAGAGCAGCAGAGUGUAGGUUUCACACUACAGUACACUCUGAAACACUUAAGCCUGUGGUUACUGUGGAUGGAAUCAGAGGAAUCUCUCAGCAGACGUUGUCAGAGUUUGCAAUAUUGAAAAGCCUUAACCAUGAACAGUGUCUUGUGGCCCUCCUGAGAGGCGAGGGGCCAAUUCUUUAUCAACAUGACUUUUCAUCAGUCAUUUCUGAAAUGAUCAUGUCUUAUGUAUUCUAGUUGUGUUCUCCCCUUUAUUGAUGACACUAGUAGAAAAGAGGCCUGUGAUAUUCCAUCACUGUUGAUUUUUCAUCAAUGACAAUGAGCAAAAACAAAACACUUAACCUCAUCUUGUUCCAGGAUGCCUUUUAACACUUAAAACGACUGAUGUCAUAGUUUCCAUUUUCACCUGUAAGAUUUAGGGAGCGUCUGGAAUCACAACAACAAUCUCCAACAAAUCCCAUUGCUUUGUAACAUUUCGUCAGUGAUCGGUUGUGUGCUGAGUGAUGACAACGUGUCAGUGUUUGUUCUGUAUGAAUGCUUUUUUUUUUUUUUUUUUUUUUUUGCAGUAUUUGCAACCAUGUGCCAUAAAAUAAUAAUGGGAGCAAACAAAUGAGGCAGAAUGAGCUUCUGGCCUUCAUCUCUAUGCUUCACUGCACACUUUGGUAACAAAUAGUGCCUUUAACACUAUUGGCAGAGCUGUUUAAGACUUGCCACUUUAAAAGUGCAGAGAUGUGGCCAAGUGGUUAAGAAUAGCUGGGUUGAUUUGUUUAUAGGAUUUAAAUGUGUGAUUGCCAUACCAAAAAACCUUUGUCUCCAGUCUGUACUGGAGAGGGACCAGGGUGCACGAUCUGCGACUUUGUGGAUCUGUUGUUUUGUGUUGUCCUUAGACUGGACUUCUUUUUUUUUUAUUUUUAUAAAACUGAUUCAACUUUCUUUACAUGCCAGUCACAAAAGCCAUCAGUAGCAGCUCGGCCUUGCAGCAGCACGCUGUUGGAUCUGUUAAGAGGGAUCACAGACUGAAACAGUGUUUCUCCGACCACUGAAGAGACUCUUUGCCUGGGAGAAGGGUUUAUGUCACGUGGUCUAAAUGCUGUUUCAGAGGCCUUUCCACCCC